AAGACGAGGUUGAGUAGUCUCGUUUUGAAUUUUCUCCCUUCUGCUACGGCGGACUCCCCUCUCGCGUUGUGGGGCUCACCGCGGCGGCCGGGUUGAGGGAGCCGGAGGUCUGGCAGAGCUGUCUGCGCCCGCCCACCGGACGCUCCCUCCCAACCUCCCUUCUUCCUCCUGCCUCCUCCUCCCGUCACCUCCUGACCCUCCCGGGCUGGGAGCAACCGCCAGCCCCCGACUCCGGCCGUCGCCGGACGCCGCUGCGCGCUGUCCCUGCGCCCUCGCCCGCCUCCACGGCGGCUCCUUCCCUGUGGGCCCGGGAGGGGGCCCGCGGCCCGGAGAAGGCAGGCUGCCGCGGGGGAAGGCGAGGUGGCUGUCCUGCAGAGGGUGCGGAGCCCAAGAACGCACCACCGCCACGGAGCUCCGUAGUCCAGGGCCGGAGCGCUCGCCCGAGAGGGAUCUCUCCCCUCCUUUCUGAGUCUGAUGUUUAGAAAAGCUUCCUCCGCACCUUCUCCCCCGGCUUUCAGACUUCUUCUUCUUUUUUUUUUUUUUUUAAAUCUUGAAGUCACCCACUCAAAGGCUUGUCUCGGUCUCAAUGGUCUCGAUUAUUACUCUAUUUUCCUGAUUGGAGAAUAGAUGAGGGCUAUUACUCUUAAGGUCCCAAAGUCACUUUUUAAGGCAUUUGCCUGAAAACCUCCGCGGGGUGGGGUUGAUGUACGGGGACACACUCCUCUGAGACUGCAAUUCAGAGUCAGGCAGAACUGGAUUGCAAAAUGUGUGGGCUUAGCGGUUUGAGUGUACAGAGAACAUGCUACCGUGAAGACACAGUCACAUCUUUCAUAUAAACAAAGCUGCCACUGUUACAAUUUAGUGCCCCAAAGGAAGACCAUCAAUGAAUUAAGGGGCAUUUCUGAGGCAAAAUAACAUAAGAAUCUGGACUUGAAACUUGAGCCACUGCCUGAAGGUAUGGUGAGACCAACAGAUGAAGAGACGAUUGCCAUUGGGAAGACAGCCCAUUAUUCACAGUUCUCACAAGGAGUGGGCAUGCUAUAUCACGAAGUGCCAACAAUAAAUAUAACACCAAGCCAUUAACUAAUUGGAGAAAAUGGCACUGAGUGUGAAGCAGCAUGGAGCAGCGUCACUCGGUAGGGGCCAACUGUGAUGAUGGUGAGAAGUCGGAAGGAGAAGCACAGGGACUCGAGCAUCUAACCUGCAUGGACUCUGGGGAUCCUUCCUUUGGACAAAAUGAUCCCCAUACCAUUUUGCCAAUUACUGGUCCUAAAACACAUGAUUCACUCACAUCACAGGAUAUGCCAGAGACACUGACUGACACACAGGCCCUUCAUGAAGAGCAGUUUCAUCUUUUGGAUGAAAAUGGGCCUAUGCAAUAUGACCUUCAGUCUUUGGGAAAUUCUACUGCACAAAUGACAGGGAUGGAGCAAGUGGUCAUACCUCAGGAGCCGUUUGUCGAUGUGCACAGUCCUCAAGAUGUCUCUGAAGAGAAGUCCACUGCUGGAAGCUCACCAGCUGUAAGAGCAGACACUUUAGAAGAUGGCACCAGUAAUUACAGUCUUCGUUCACAAGCAUCCCUCGUGGUACCCAAAAAGUCAGGGACCAGAAUUCUUGAAGAACCUUUGCUGGCUCCUCUCCAGCCACUUUCUUGUAACACACCCAUGUGGGCCUGCCGUCUUAGGAGUUGUGAGAAAAUUGGAGAUUCCUAUCGUGGCUACUGUGUAAGUGAGACUGAAUUAGAAAGCGUCCUAACUUUUCACAAGCAGCAAACACAGACUGUCUGGGGCACUCGCCAGUCUCCAAGCCCAGCCAAACCUGCCACUCGCUUGAUGUGGAAGUCUCAGUAUGUCCCAUAUGAUGGAAUCCCAUUUGUCAAUGCAGGAAGUCGAGCUGUGGUAAUGGAGUGUCAGUAUGGACCGAGAAGAAAAGGUUUUCAGUUAAAAAAAAUCAGUGAGCAAGAAAGUAGGUCUUGUCAUCUCUACAAAGCUACUUGUCCAGCCAGGAUAUACAUUAAAAAGGUACAGAAAUUUCCUGAAUAUAGAGUACCUACAGACCCCCAAAUUGACAGGAAGAUAAUCAGAAUGGAACAGGAGAAAGCCUUCACCAUGCUGAAGAAGAACCUGGUGGAUGCCGGUGGUGUUCUUCGAUGGUAUGUGCAGUUACCUACACAACAAGCUCAUCAGUAUCAUGAAUCAGAGACUCCUGGUGUCCCUUUGUCACCGUCACCUUUUCCUAUGUCUCCUCUUGAAGAGGAGGAAGCUAUGGUCAGAGAUGAGAACUGUGCAUUGCCCUCUCGUCUCCACCCGCAAGUAGCACAUAAGAUUCAGGAGUUAGUGUCCCAGGGAGUAGGACAAGUGUAUGCCGUGAGGAAGCAGCUAAGAAAAUUUGUGGAAAGAGAACUGUUCAAACCUGAUGAGGUACCUGAAAGACAUAAUUUAUCUUAUUUUCCAACUGUAAAUGAUAUAAAAAAUCAUAUCCAUGAGGUACAGAAAUCCUUGAGGACUGGAGAUGUGGUAUAUAACUCAGAGAUUAUUCCAGCAACGCUUCAGUGGACUACAGAUAGUGGGAAUGUUCUCAGAGAGACUGUGACAGUUACAUUUGCAGAAGGAAAUUUAUUAGGAGAACCAAUUACCAGCAAAAUGGGGACAAGUCAGACACAGACUUCUUUGUCUCCAGAGCCACUUCCCUUGCUUUCCCCACUUUCUUCAUUUCAGCCCAAAAUAUUUACACACUUACAGGCUUUGAAGUUACAGCCAAGACUCUCCUCUCCUGAUGGAUCACAAGAUUUGGUAUCAGUAAAUAGCCAUCCAUCCUCCAGUCCUUCCAGCCUUGUGGAUUCAGUAGGAAAUGCUGAAGUGAAUAACCACUCUCUACUGCUUGGUCAGAGUCAAAACCUCGGAACAGAUACAUGCCUAACCCAGAACAACAGCACUGCCUCUUCCAUGGGCAGUCUCCCAGAGUCAGGUCAGAGUCUAGUUGCAAUGGAUCAGCUGGUGGAAGGUGAAGAUGCUGAAGAUGCAGGGAAUUCAGAAGGAAGUAUAAAUAGGACUCUGUUGGGAGAUGUACAAACCGUUCCAAUACAAAUCAUAGACAGCCAUCCAGCUCUUAUUGAAGAAAAUCUAGAAGAUACUCUGUCCAUGAACCAAGUUAAACAAGAACCCAACGAGCCAACACCGUCUUUAGAAGCAAAAACUUUCCUGGACUGUAAAAAAGUAUCUGCUACAUAAAUAUUUUAAGUUUUUUAGAAUUUACAGCUCUGGCCCCUCUGAUGUCUUAAAAGGUGGAGCUUGUCAGAGAUGGUGUGUCAAUCCCUGGCCCAGAGUGGAUGACGGGCAGUUUUUGACUUAGAACUCUAAUAUUUGUUGCCAAUUCUAUAUUUGUAUUUCCUUUAAGAAAUAAUUUAUUUUGUAUUCCUAUAAUUUUUUUAUUACCCAGUAAGGCAAAUAUUUUAAAAGAUCAUCUGAAGUUAUCCACAGUGAUUUAGUAUGAAUGCAAAUAGUUAUACCCAGUUUUGGUUCUUACAAGACAGAAAAGACCAACAAUAAAAGCAGUAUAUGAGUGCAUGUGUAGGUGUGUCAGAAAAUUUAAAGUUGUGAGAAGAGUUUUGAUGAACCAAUAGGCGAGCAAAUAUCCAUCAUCUGUUUACUUGAAAAGAUAGAGCAGUAGGUUUCUGUGGCAGCACAGCGCUCCUGUCACACCCCUCAGCACUGCAUUUCCAGUCUGUCCUGGGCUUAUAUCUUUAACUGUGAACAGAUGUUAUUAAAAGUCAUCUGUCAGAAAUUUCAGUGUAAGUAUUGGUAAGUAUUGAAAAGUUGAAUUAAUCAGAUAAGUAACACAAAUGUAUGUGACAUGUAUUUUAUAUAGGAUUAAGGUAAAUAUCUACCUAGGAAUAGAAACAUGAAAAAAUUCAGAGAAUUGGGGAAAUGUUAGAAUUCCCUACUGUUUACAGAUCAUUUGGGGGAACUUUUGAUGGUAGCAAAAUUUUUGUUGUUUUUUUUUUUUUUAAGAUUCAAUUUUGACUAGAAAAUAAUUUAAGCCGGGCGGUGGUGGCGCACGCCUGUAAUCCCAGCACUUGGGAGGCAAAGGCAGGUGGAUUUCUGAGUUCGAGGCCAGCCUGGUCUACAGAGUGAGUUCCAGGACAGCCAGGGCUACACAGAGAAACCCUGUCUCGAGAAAACAAAAAACAAAAAAAACAAAACAAAACAAACAAAAAAAAUUUAAAUAGUAUUUACAUUUUUUUGUACUAGGGUUCUUACUGAAUUGAUAGUAUUAUGAUUUAUAUAUUUCAAGGUAAGUAUAUAUAGCUUAAAAUUUUGAAACUUAAAAAUGUCUGAUAUGAUAUUUGCUCAUUAAAUAAGUAUAUUUAUACAUAAUACCAAAUAACUAGUAAUCCCUAUGUUCAUUAUGAACUUGUUUUUAUGGAAGAUUGACUAGGUAGAAAUUUCAAAUGUAACUAUCAUGAAAUUAACCUAGCUGAAUGUAGUGGUACACACCUGUAAUCCCAGCAUUGAGGAGGUAGAGGAAUUAGAUUGUAAAUUCAAAUUAGCCUAGGCUACAUAGCAAGACCUUACUAAGAAGGAAAUAAGGAACCACCUAGAAGAUCCUUUUUCUGAAGAUUCAUUUUUGAGUUAUUUAAAUUUUUAUUUUUAAAAAUAAGAAUUUUAAAUGGAUAUUAAAGUUUAAUAUUCAGAGCACAAACAAUAUAAUUUGAUAUUUGACCUUAAUACUUUACAUAGAUUGACUUUCCUAAAGUGUAAUUUCCCAUUAUUAUUCACUUUGCUUUUAGGUACAUGACCUGUACCUAAAGAUAAAGCACAGUUAUUUUAAAGUAGGCAGAACUCUAAAAUUGGUUAUCUUUACAUCUAUAUCCUAGUCAAUAUAAAGCUUAUUAUAUCUUAUUGAAAGCAAAGUUUAUAUAUAAUUAUAUGUAUGAUUGUUAGUAGGAACUGCUUUUUUUUUUUUUUAAGAAAGACCUAAAGAUACCUGUUACCAGUAUUUAUAGCAGCAGGCUACUAAACCCAAAUAUAUUAUACUAAGUUUAAUUCAAUUCGUAUUUACUUCAAAACCUAGGUUCUCUUAGUCUGUGUGCACUUAAGAGGAAUAAGAUCAAUUAGUAUAUAGUUUAGGACUGUAUUAUGGGUAAUACUCUUUGAUUAUCUGUGUUACAGAAACUUUCAAGAACAGAUAUGUUUUCAUCUUCCAAUAAUGAUUAUGGUUUAUUACUAAAUAUUUUACUCACUGAGCAGUAUUCUCUUGGAGACAUUUCUUUUUCAUUUGGAUUGCUAAGGAGAAAUGCUGUUAAGAAACAAACCCGUCAUUUCUGGUGAGGAGAGAAAGAGCAAAGGGUCCAGCAUUUACUGUGUAACCUGGAACAAACACAAUGAAAAUGUGUUUCUGUCACUUCCCUCCAUCAGGCUAGUGGCAGACACCUUUUUUUCCAGUAGAUCUCUUGUGAGCUCCAGGGUAGCCUGGCCUACACAGUGAUGUCAGGAUAACCAGAGCCACAUAGUAAGACCCAGGAAGAAAAGAAAAAACAUAUUUCUGUCACUUCAUUCUGUUUGAAUGGGUCUUCUGUUAAUAUUUUUUAUCAUGAGAACAGAAAGUUACAAUUUUUCCCAUAAACAAAAAGAAAACAGAAAACUGAAUACUUAAAUCCCUAAUUGUAUAUUCUUGCUUUUUUAGGUAGAAACUGGAACUAUUAAUAUUUUUGUGUAUUUAAAUAAGUAGUUCUUAAAAAUGGUAUCUAAAUGAGUUUAAAAAUUCCUUUGUCUUCUAACUAAUGUGUAGUCACACACGUCAGUGUUGGCUAAAGGUGCUUGGCAUCAGUUCUGAGAACUGUGUUUACAUAUGUAAAUAUUCAGUUCUUUACAAAAGUGCCAGAUCUUAAACACAAGUGUAUAGAAAUGUCAGCAUCUGUAUCUGGCCUCCUCUUAACAACUCCACAGCAAAAUUUGACAAUACCCUUUGGUUCAUGUAUUACAAGAUGUAGUAUCUGUAGUGGAAAGCUGGACAUUUAAAAUAAGCAGUUAGAAAUUCAUAAUCAAAAAAAUGAAAAAAAGAAAUUCAUAAUCAUAGCCUGGCUUGUUUCUUUGUAGUUUACAUGUUCCAAACCUCCAAGUAAACUUUGUAUAUUCACCAGGAAAUUAUAGAUGAACAACCACAGGAAACUUUCCCCCAGUAGUGAUUUUCUAUGUAAGCAGCCAAUGUACUUAAAAAGCUCUAACAUCUAAUGCAAAGUGAAUGUUUCCUAGCAUCACAGAUGUGAUAGGAGACAUAAGGUUUGGGAUCCGGUCCUGCAUUGAGUUUGUAGUUUUAAGCCCCAGUUCGUGCUUUAUCUUGUUUAUAUCCUGUCAAACUAUAUACUUAAUCAUGUGGGUAUGAUAUAGUGUUUACUUUAUACCAAGUUUGUAAAAAGAUUUUAAAAUAUGUAUGUAUAUAUUGUAACUUGAUGUACAGUGUUCUUAUUAUAAUGUAAUUUUUUUAUUAAAAAUUCAG